AUGGCUCCAGCCCAAUUGCAUCUAGUCUUUCUAACUAUUUUCCUACGUUUGAUAACUGCGCAACAUAAUGACGGUUCUGUAUCUCUUGGUGCAUUACUCACUGCUGCGCCCAAUGUCACACCAUGGCUUUCAUCUUCCGGUGAAUUUGCCUUUGGGUUCCAACAAGUUCAAGGGAUCGAUAAUUUUUUGUUAUCCAUAUGGUAUGACAAGAUACCUGACAAGACGAUCAUCUGGUAUCCCAAAGAAGGUCUUAUGGUGCCUACAGGAUCCAAAGUUGAGUUAACUGGUGGGAGUGGGCUCGUACUCAGUGAUCCUCAGGGCACAGAGGUAUGGAGAUCUGGGUCUAUUUCCGCUGUUCAUCAGGUUAUGGAGAUAGGUGGAGGGAUGAAUUCAACAAUUAGUGCAACAAACUUCUCUGGUGGACGCUUCCAGUUACGUUUCCAACAAGAUGGAAAUCUUGUUCUUAGCAGUCGAGAUAUACUUUCAGGUAAUGCUUAUGGUGCUUAUGAUUCCAGUGGCACAGCUGAUGCGACCAAUUCCACAAAUAUCGGUGAAAAAGUGAUUUAUGAUGCAAUGGGAUACAUUUAUAUACUGAAAAGAAGUGGAGAAAGAUUUGGUCUUUCUCAAAGAGACACAGUUCCUUCUGGAGAUUAUUAUCAUAGAGCUACUCUAGAUUAUGAUGGGGUUUUUCGUCAAUACUACCACCCCAAGAAUGCAACUGGCAAUACAAGCUGGGAAGUAAUAUUGUCUAUGCCAGAAAACAUAUGUAAUAUCAGUAUGAGGAUGGAUAGCGGUGCUUGUGGGUAUAACAAUGUUUGCAGCCUUGAUGGUAACCGCAGAAAAUGUGAAUGCCCACAGGGGUUCUCAUUGCUUGAUCCAAAUAAUCCCAGUGGUGAUUGCAAGCCUGAUUUCACUCCAAAAUGUGAUCAAGUUGAGUCCAAUAAUAUUGAUUUCAUCGAGCUCGAUAAUAUUGAUUGGCCAGAAUCAGACUAUGAGCACAUGGACCCAAGUAAUGAAGACACCUGCAAAAGUUCCUGCUUGGAAGAUUGUUUCUGUGCUGUCGCAACAUACAGCAACAACCAAUGUUGGAAGAAGAGGUUUCCACUCUCUAAUGGGAGAAUGACUCCAGGUGUGAAGCCGUUCGUGAAAUACCGGAUUGGUGAUAUUCCGCUUCAAAGCCCUCCUCGUCAAAACCCUUUUCGGCUCCCUGGAGAAAAAAAAGAUCGAAGAAGUCUGAUAGUUGUCGGAUCGGUUCUCUUAGCCACUUCUGUGUUUGUAAUCUUUGUGUUGAUUGGUAUGGGUUUCUUUGUAAUCUACAAGAAGAAGCCGAGAAACACAUAUUCAAUUAGUCAAGAUGCUGAAACCAAUCUGCCUCGGUUUACAUAUCACGAGCUAGUUGAAGCUACAGAUGGAUUCAAAGACGAAUUGGGGAAAGGGGCUUUUGGGACAGUCUAUAAAGAGAUCAUUUCAUGCCGAAAAAGCUUGGUUUAUGAGAGUGAUGAGAAAGGGGUGGCGGUUUUAACUGAUCUUGCAUGGGAUUGCUAUGAAGAAGGUCGACUGGAUACAUUUGUUGACAACGAUCUGGAGGCAUUGGAUGACUACAAGAAACUUGCAACUUUUGUGAUGGUUGGCCUGUGGUGUGUACAAGAGAACUCAUCCUUGAGGCCAACCAUGAGGAAGGUCAUCCAAAUGCUUGAAGGAGGAAUUGAGGUGGCAGAACCUCCAUGUCCAUGCUCUUUCUCUGUUACCAGUUACUGA